UAAAACACACAACAACAAAAAAAAAAAAAAAAUCAAUGUCAGAACCAAACAACAAGACAUGAUUUAUUUUUGUUGACUAUAACAAAACUUGUUUUUCCUUUUCUUGUUCUUCAUAUGUCCACACUUUAUUCACCUUCCUCUGCCAUGGAAGACACCAAUCACCGUUCCAAGAAGAAUCAACGCCGCCGUCGUCCCUCCGCCACACCAACAAACAACGACUACUCCGACGUGGAGGAUGCUGAAGACGGAGAUCCCGAAGCAUGGCAGACCCUUAACAAGAGUUUUAGGCAGGUUCAGUCGGUGCUUGACAGGAACAGAGCAAUAAUUCAGCAGGUGAAUGAGAAUCAACAAUCUAGAAUGCCUGAUAACAUGGUGAAGAACGUGGGUUUGAUUCAAGAGCUUAAUGGGAAUAUUUCAAAGGUUGCUUCUCUUUAUUCUGAUCUCAAUUCUGAUUUUACUAAUAUUUGUCACCAGCAACAACGUUCUUCUCAUAACCGUGGCAAAUGAAGAAAAAAACAGUGUUGUUGUUGUGUUGAAGUUGAACAAUUGUUGUGAUGGUAGUUUUGAGGUUUGUUUUGUCAUCAUUCUGUCAUAAUAAGGACGAUGAAGAUGAAACAUUGUAUCGUCUCUCUUGAACUUCUACUUCUAAGUAACAGUGUCUAAGGUGUUUUUCUUUUUAGUAUUGAUGGUCUCUUGUGUUGUGUCCUUGUAAUUCUUGUUGUUAUUGGUGUACUUGAGAAUCAAUAAAAUUAAUAUUUGGAAA